AUCUUGUUUACAAAUUAUUUUAUCAAAGACUUGAAACAAUUUUAGAAGUACAGUCUUGCUUUUAAAAUGCUGUCUAGGACUUCAUUACGAGCAGCUUCUAUUCACACAGCAAAGCUGGUCAGUGUGAAGAGCAGUGAGAAGUACUUGAGCAAGAACAUGCACAGUCAAAGUUUAAAUGGAAAACUGGUGCCUACAAAGUGUUAGCCCCAUUAUGUGUGCUUUUGUGUUGAAGUCUGACUUGUAGAUGUGCAAUGAUUGAGGAGAGAGCCCCAAAAUGAGCUGUGUGAUUGUCCAUCCCGAGGCAGCUGAGGCUCGGUGUAUCAGUUGUGAGUGCUGGAAAAGGCUGGGUGUGUAUCACAGUGGGUGUUAGUCACAGCUGGAAACUGGGUAGGAAAACAAUUUAAGCUGAAUGGUUACUCAGCUAAUUGCUUUGACUAAGUCUCACAUUUACACACCCAAAGCACCCAAACUCAACGUUUUUACUUGACAGCAUGAUAGAAAUACUUGCCCUACUUCUGGGGGAGAUAAGUACAACCAGUACAAGGGAAAGAAACUGCUUGCAUUAAGGAUCCUGGAGAACUUCAAAUUUGGGAUUAGAUGAGCUCUGGGAAAUGCACUGGUGUGGACUCACAGCACCGCUACCACCAACAAAUACCCUGCUGUGUGCCACAUGCUGCCAACUCCGGAAACAUCAGCAAACUGUACUUUCCCUUUAAUUGCCUCAGCUAAAACCAAACCCAAAUCUGCUUAGCUUUGAGCUCCCCUUCAGGAGCCAUUGGACUUUGCACCAAAACAAGCACACAUGCACGACUGGCACUGCAUCUCCUCAGGUGCUCUGGAAGUCGAACUAUGUGUGUACAACCACUGCAUCUCCUUGGGUGCUCUGGCAGCUGCACAACCUGUAUACAACCACUGCAUCUCCUUGCUAAAGAGAUGUGCUUACACUUCUGGUGCAUGAGAUGCACAGGGUAUGGAGGUGAGCAGAAGCUGCACCUUCAGUUUUAAUUUCUGCACUUGGACUGAACUAUUUGCAAAGCGAAAUUAUUUAGGGCAAGCUGAUUUUUCACAGCAAUUCUUUCUUGAAAUCUGCAUAAAACUGAAGUGAAGGCCCAGAAACUUCUGCAAUUUACAUUAAGGCUACAACUAAAGCUACACAAGGAUAGGUAAGCAUUGAUGCUGGGAGAAUUGACCAGUGACAGCAAAAGCUGAUCGAGGCAUGCAAUGGAAUAAAUACAGACUGCAGAGGUGCAUAGGAGGGCACAUUUUAAAGAAAACCAAGUAGAAAUUGCUAAUAAUUGUAUUAGGAAACAAAAUCCACCAAACAUUCUGUCUUGCUUCUUUGUUGUGCUGUGUCAUGCUCAUGAACUGGCUCUUCAGGGAAGGGGCAGGUUUCCUGCAGGAUUAGUAAAGGACAGGAGAGAGUGCACUGGAAGUUACAGGAGAGAAGAGUUGGGAAUUAGAAGCAGACGUCAAAGGGGGUACAGAGUUGACGUAAAUAGAAAAGAGACUUGAGAGGGGACAGUGAAAGUUGGCUUUAGCUGGAGAGAGGGGAGAAUGAGGGCCAAAAGGUAUGUUGCAAUAGUCACUUGGGAGUAAGAUUUGAAUCACAGUUAUGGGGGGGGACUACAGGGACAGAUUUUAAGUAUAUCACUCUAAAAGAGAAUCUCAGUGACACAGAUAAAACACCAACUAGGAAACUGAGAUUAGGGAAAAGGAGAAAACAAAGGCUUCACUGAGCCAACAAAACAAAAGCAGAAACAAGUAGGAAACCUGGAUCAGAAGGAAACUUUUAAAUAGGAAAUAUUCAAAUAGUAUUCAGUCAAAGGACUGGAAAUACAGGGAUCAAUAAAUUAAAAUGCAUUAAACAAUUAAAUUAAGAGUACAUUUAUUUCCAAGGAUAAUAGGGGAAAAUCUGCCAAAAAAAGAGGAAACUUAUUCCAUCAGUCACACACUUCUCCCCAGUUCAAGAUACCAAGCAGUGAGUUGUUUUCUAAAGAUAUAUAUAAAUAUAUUGUAUUAAGCUUAACUGAUUUUUAGCAGUUCUCAGAGACCGAAAACAAAACCCACAAAAAAACCUUCUAAAUCCUGCUGAAUCUGGUAAUGCAGUGUCUAGCACAAAAAGAAAUGCAUAGAAAAGGAAACUUACACUGGAGAAAAACAUUAUUCAGAUGAGAAGGUAGGGCAAAUUUGGGGAAAAAUAGCCACAGCUGUGUUUUAAGAGUAAUUGCUUAUUCCCAUAAGGUGUUUUCAAGUCAGUAAUUUUCCUUCUGCUUCCUCUCCACCCUGCAGAAAGCUCCAGCAUGGGCCUCCCCUCAGAAAAAAGAUCUGGGACAUCCUGUAUUACUAUAAGAAAGAAUGUCAGCAGCUUUUUAUUGAUGAAGAACUGCUUGUUGUCACCAAUCUGCACAUGAAAUGGAAGGGAAAGAAUUUCUGGAAAACAACUUCUGUUUCAGUCCUGCAAGAUGCUGCAUGAAGGGUAAAAAGAAGUUUAAGUGACUGCUCUACUUGAUCAAAAUGGUGGACACUGAAAACCAGCUCUAUCCCCUUACUCCCUUGGAGGAGGAGGAUAUAGACAGCCCUUUAUCUGGAGAGUUCCUACAAGAUAUGGAGAACAUUCAAGACCUGUCCCAGUCUCUAGGUGAUGAUAGUUCUGGAGCUUUAAGUUUAACAGAAUUCCAAUCACUGGGAAAUGGUCCAGGAUCUGAUGGAUCAGUUAUAACAGACACCCUUUCACCAGCAUCCAGUCCUUCAUCCAUUAAUUUUGCCAUAGCUCCAGGUAGCAUAGAUGAAUCACCCAGUGGAGCAUUAAACAUUGAAUGUAGAAUUUGUGGGGAUAAAGCCUCAGGCUACCAUUAUGGAGUACAUGCUUGUGAAGGUUGUAAGGGCUUUUUUAGAAGAACAAUUCGUUUAAAACUCAUCUAUGAUAAAUGUGAUCGCAACUGCAAAAUUCAGAAAAAAAAUCGAAAUAAGUGCCAAUACUGUCGUUUUCAAAAGUGCCUUUCAGUUGGAAUGUCACAUAAUGCAAUACGUUUUGGACGAAUGCCAAGGUCUGAGAAGGCCAAGCUCAAAGCAGAAAUUCUGACAGGUGAAAAUUAUAUAGAAGAUUCAGAAAUGGCAGAUCUUAAAUCACUUGCCAAAAGAAUUCAUGAUGCCUACCUGAAAAACUUCAAUAUGAACAAAGUUAAAGCCAGAAUCAUCCUUGCAGGGAAAACCAAUAACAAUCCACCAUUUGUUAUACAUGAUAUGGAUACCUUAUGUAUGGCAGAGAAGACCCUGGUGGCAAAACUGGUAGCCAAUGGGAUUCAGAACAAGGAAGCAGAAGUUCGAAUCUUCCACUGCUGCCAGUGUACAUCUGUGGAGACUGUCACAGAACUCACGGAAUUUGCCAAAUCCAUCCCAGGCUUCUCCAACUUGGACUUAAACGAUCAGGUGACACUACUGAAGUAUGGGGUGUAUGAAGCCAUAUUUGCAAUGUUGGCCUCUGUGAUGAACAAGGACGGGAUGCUGGUGGCCUAUGGGAAUGGAUUUAUAACCCGGGAGUUCCUGAAAAGCCUGAGAAAGCCAUUCUGUGAUAUAAUGGAGCCAAAAUUUGAUUUUGCAAUGAAAUUCAAUGCGCUGGAUUUGGAUGAUAGCGAUAUAUCCCUUUUUGUUGCUGCCAUUAUUUGCUGCGGAGAUCGUCCUGGUCUUGUAAAUGUAGGACACAUUGAAAAAAUGCAGGAGAGCAUUGUUCAUGUACUGAAACUUCACUUGCAAAACAACCAUCCUGACGACACGUUCCUCUUCCCAAAACUUCUCCAAAAAAUGGCUGACCUCCGACAGCUGGUCACAGAGCAUGCUCAGCUUGUUCAGAUAAUCAAGAAGACUGAAUCUGAUGCACAUUUACACCCUUUACUACAGGAAAUCUACAGGGAUAUGUAUUAAGGAUUUUUAGUAUUUUUUCCACAAUAUUUAAAGACAGAGAAAUACAGAUGGGAGCAAAACUACUUGUACAGUUACAUGCAGUUCACUCAGCCCAGAGCAGAAAAAAUCUAAAACUGGGGAACUGAAGUGUUACACUUCUUUUGGUUUGGGAUCUUUUGUCUUCUUUUGAAAAAGUGCUGCAUAAAAAUACUGGUCAGAGUGCUCAAUGAAGUGUCUUACAAUGGUUCUUUUAUUUGGAAAUUUGAAGAUUGGUAAGGAAUACAUAUUUGUAUAAUAAAUCAGAAUGUUAAGUAACAGAAAUGAACAAAAUUGUAUUUUCUCUUGGCUUAGUCAUUUUAGUAUUAAGAUAACAAAUUCAGCACCUUCCUUCCAGGUAACUGCACAAUCAGAAAGAUGAUGCACUUUUGACUAAUGGUAAUUACUGAGAACCAGCUAACACAUUUUCUUAAAGCAUUCAGUCUAGGCUGGAUAUUACUGGAUAUUACUGUCCAUAUACUUCUAAAAAUUUGGAAAGAUCUUUGAUCCAUUGCUGCUUUAAUUCCAUGAAAUUACGUACAGCUUCAUCUAGUGUUACGUUGGCAUACUUAGGGUUAGCAUGUUUAAAAGAUGGUUCUCUUAUGGAAUCAAGCAAAAUCCAAAGAGUUAUCUUAAAUACAGCAGAGAUGCUCCAACAGGUGUGUCUUGAAGAGUAAACAUGAUAAACUGAUGGGACGUUUUUGUUUCAAAAGUCUUUUAAGGAAAUGUUAAAAUAACACUUAUAUUGUAUACCCUGCAUUUUUGUAGAACUUGUAAUAGCUCAGGAUGCAGUUUUGACAUAAAAAUAUUAUUUUGAAUUAGCAAGAGUUUUGGAGAGACUGAAAAAUCUGAUCCUACCCCAGGGAAAAAAAAAAAAAAAAACCACAAAAAAAAAACUUUUAAACUUUCCAGCAGUGAUUCUUCACUCUACUGCAAAGGAAUGAUUGGAUAGGAAAGGCACCAGCUUCCUUUAAGUGUCUUGGCAGUAUAGUUGUUAGGACCUGUUUACUCUUCUGAUGAAUACACUGCUUAAUUUUGGAUAUAUUUCUAUACCUUCUUUGGCCUCAUUGAUAGAAGUAUUUGGUACUUGUUUUCACCAGAUUUUGUCUGUGUGGAUAAGGUGACAAUAAUAUCAAGAGCAGUGCUUGCAUGUGUCAGACUCUGUCAUAGUACGAAAGGCAGCACAGAUGAGAGUAGGUUUAUCAUGAUUCUAGGAGUAAACUGAUUUUUAGAACAACACUUUCUGUGCUCCUGGUGCAAAAUAAGCCACAAGGAAAUGGCUUCCUGACUUUGCCACUUCGUGGGUUCUUUUCUCAGAGAGCUGCCCAGAACUGCCGGCUGCAUGCAAGGCACUCUGCUGUUUCUCUUUCGUUUCUUUGAUAUGGUAAAUUCACAUAAUUACCUCCUAAUUUUACUUUCUGUUUCACAAUAAUGAGGUCUCAGGAGCAAUCCCAGCAUUUUCACUACAGUUAAGCUUUCAGUGGCACAGGAGGAUAAUUUGUACUUGUUUUGUUGUGGCACAUUUGAACACACCAGAAUCUUCACUGCAAGGAUUGAGUGAUGAAGUAACAACAUCACACUGUCGUUCCUAUUUCAGAGACAUUGCUUGUUUCUGUCCAGACCCACAGGCACACCUGGACGCUGGAAAAAUUGCAGGUUUAAAAGCAACUUGGGGUUUAUCUGAGCAAUGAUUGUGGCACAAGUUAUAGAUAAAUAUAGAUAUGUUUAGUGUAAAAUAUUGAAGCACAGGCCUCAAAUUUGGUGACCAUUUAGGGCAGGAUAGAAACAGUAACUGCAUGUGCACAAAACUUGCCUUCCCUUCCCUGUUGCCAGCAGGAAGAACAGGCCUCAAACACUCAGAGAGGAAUGUUGGUCUUGCCAGGAAUUCUCAGAUGAGAAAUGGGCUGCCUUUUGUGUCCCAGAGCAGCACACAGUGUGCCCUCAGAAACAAAGGAUUUUAGGAAUGCUGCUGCUUUAUUCUCCCAGCCAACCCUAUUUCACUGAGGAAUUGUGGGGUUUAGGCUGUGGAAAUAAUUGAUCUGCAAUAUUGCUGAUGCAAAAAGUUAUCAAAAUACCAGCCAUUCUGGAAUGAUGUUCUGAAACUGUGGGAACCAACUUUUAGUUUAUCUUCUAAAAAAAAAAAAAAUGAGUAACUUGAAUUUUUUUCCCCCCAAAGCUCAGAUCUUUGCAAAGGGCACAUUUCAAAGUUGUAUUCCAUAGUCUAGGUGUACUGUAGGUUAUCAGGAAAAUCAGACACAGUCAGUGUGCAUAACUAUUUUUCCAGCACUUGUUCUCAAAAGUGGCUAAAACACUUUAGUACCACUUAAAAACAUGGAAAAUUAAUAAUAAAUACUUAAACUCUCAACAAAGCUAUAAAGAAUUGCAAAUAGAGUAACUCAGUUAAAGACAUAGCAUUUUAUUUUUCUGUUUUAGCAGCUGCUUGUGACAAGAUCCUGUUAUUAGAAUGAGAAAAGUGCAUAAUUUUUUUAAUUUUAAAACCAAUACAUUUUUAACUACUUCCUUGGACGUUAAAAGUUUAAUUUCUGUUUUAAAUUAAAUUGCAGACCCUUAAUGAGAAAAGAAAAAAAAUUAAAGAGAACACAUCUCUGAAUUACAGAAAUAUGAACAAGAUGUUAACACAGCCUAAAAUUCUGGAUGGAUUCCACUGCACAUUCCCACAGUCACUUCAAAGAGUGGGACAGGGCAGACAAUUCCUUUCCUGAGAAUUAAUGAGCAAAAGAACUUCUCAUUUCUACUUUAUGUUUUUAAGGAGUUACAUUUGCUCCUUCAGGAGGUGAGUACAGCAGGUUUUGGGCAAGGAGAUUUUAAAGUUACUCUGUUUAUGUGGAUUUUUUUUAAAAAAUUGGAAACCAAACUAGUCUCAGAUCUAUUUCUGAUCUAUUGUUUCAGCAUCUCCCCUAUGUGCAGAUAAACUAAUACUUUAAAAUAACCCAUCUGUGGAGGGAAGAAAAGUGAUCAGAUUUUAGGAGUUAAAUGGUAUUAAAGAUUUAGUGGCUCAUCAGGUAAUCAGUUUGGAUCUGAUUCUUGCCAACAUAACUCAUUUUACUGUCAUAGCAUGGAAGAAUUCUGGUUAGCAACCAGGCCCCAUAAACAGCUUAAGGCAAGAGACAGCAGAUGCACAGAGGAAGGUCCUGGGAAACAAUGGUAAGACUUACUUAAGUUUUCAGCAAACCUAGAGAUUACUCGUUUUGAGCAUUGUUUGGGGGGGAGAAAUAUUUAUUUAUUUUUUUAUUCUGGUGCCCUAGGUACUUUUUGUCAAAGGGUAAGGGGAGAAGAAAAGGAAGGUUUUGUGCCAAGCAUUAGAGAAAUCUGAUAUUCAUUCUUCUCUCCUCCUUAAAUAUUUCCUUUAAAACUGUUUUUAAAAAGUUUGUUACUUUGUACCUUCCCAAAUUUCCGAUCCCACUUUUGCUUUAAACACAAACUGACACCUGAUAGGAGAGUUUCCACUUAUGGAAACUGCAUCUUUCGUUGCAUUUAAAGAAACCGUGUUUUGCGUUAAUUGCCAUUUCCAUGUGCCUUUGUGCUUUGGUUCCAGCAGCUGCUGCCGAGCUGAAGUGCUGCCAGAGAGCAGAGUUUUGCAUUAUUCCUGCCCCACGCAGAUCUUGGAAAUACCAGCAGUUGCACUAAGCCCAUUCUCAUGAGAGAGCUGGCACAAGGCUGCACAUCAAAGAGCUUAUAAUAAGCAUCUAAACAUUUGUUUGUUUAUUCAAACUGCUGAAACUUGGGGAGAUUUAUUCAUCACGAGAGCUGGGUCACAUACGAUUGAGUUUGAAUUUCCUCCUUAUUCCUGAUGGAAAGCCUGGACAAGCUUAGGCCCAUCUGAGGCAGAGCAGCUGGGGGAUAUCCUGCUGUGGCUGCAGAGGAACAGUUUCAGUCUCUCCUGAAAAGCUCCCUGUGACUUAGCUGAGAAUCUGCAACUGCAUUUGACAAAUGCAUUUGCAGCUGUCGUGGUACUGUUUAAGCAUAAGGUCUUACAAAUAAUGGUCCCUCUCAGAAACCCCUCAUCCUUUAGGAAGUGUUGGAAUGUAAGGUGGAGCAUGGUAUCUGUGCUUGCUUAUGUCCCAAGUGCUUUCCUGAUAAUCAGUUGCAUAUUGUUUUUGUAUUUAGGUUUAAUCAGCUUUAUUAUCCUUCUUUUACUGGAGAUUUAAAUUAUAUGUGGGUUUGAGAUGAGAUUAUUGAUAUGUAAUGUGUCGUGGGAUUUUUUUAAAAUUUAAUGUAAUAGCAUUUCUUCCUGUUUCAGUUUAUAAAAUACAAGAAUAUAAUUGCAAGGUAUAAACUUUCACUAAAUUAAUUACAGAGGUGCUUAAAGAAAAAUGUGUAAAUUAUUUAAUUUAAAUAUUUGUUACAUACUUUAUCUUGUGAACCCUUUGUACAGUGAGGAAGUAUUUACUUUUAUGGGCUAAGGAUGAAGGGGCUGAUGUCAAAGAAAAUUGCUAUUUAUUCCUGUCUGGUCUUUUAUUGCUGUAUCAUUUGUGAAGAGCUAUCACAAGUUCUUCAAAGUUAUCAGUGUUUGGUGUUGACAAUUAUAACAAAACUUUAAAAUAUAUUUUCACAUAGAGCACAGACUUCCUUUUAUUUAAUUUUAAUAAAAACAAGUCUAGUUGAGGAAUAGCUGCAAUCCCAAAAUCGAGGUUUUAACUCAAGUUCACCAAUAGGAAAAAUAGUGUGUAGAACUGAUUUCAUCUUUGUUUUGCAGCAUAGUAGCUCAUUUUCCUUUGGAAAGAGCUAAAAAGAAGCUGCAUUUGGUUCGUGCACUACUGCUAGUGUUUUCUGAGGAGCUGACUUGUGGCUCACUGGGAAUAACAACAUGUACUCAGGAUUAUUCCCUGCCACCUGCCCUGAGGCCAGCCUGCUGCUUUUAUAGAUGUAUUUCAAACAUGAUUUGGCAGCGCAAAACAAGAUGUUGAAAUGGCAUUAUUGGCUUCCCUACAGGAGGGUUCCUGUGGGAUUUUAAAUAGAAUUCAGAGUCUGCUCGUAGGGAUUCUGUGUCUGGUGCAUGCAGGUGUGACAGUCUGUGCCUACAGCAUCCAGCUAAGGAAAUCUGAUACAGGGAUGAAGGUACCUUUCAAAGGUUUCUACUUUUUAUUUUGCCGUAUGAAUCACCAAACACAGUAGCUAUCACGAGCACAAUCUAUUACAAAUGUUCUAGCUAUCAUUUGUACUUAGUGCUUUUUAUUUGUAACAUAUAACAUUUUAUUUCCUCAAAUUGCUGCAGCUUGGCAUUUUCACUUCAUCAGUGUCACCACACAAGUAUGUUGUCUCCUAAGGUGUUUGUGUCAUGUUUGCAUAAGCUGUGCUGCACUUCCCUGUGCUAACCUGCAGCCACUUCCUUCACACUGUCACUUCUCAUGGCACAAACCAACUGUGUAACUGAGCCCACCCUAAGGAAGGCUGUUUACUCCUUUAUUUUUUCCAUUGUGCUCACAGGUUUUUAAAAUCUUUUUCUGCUUUGGAAGCUGGGGUGUUUUUUAGCUUGAGCUCCUUUAUUGUGUCAGAUUCCAUUGUUGUGGAUGUUUCGUAAUGGAAUUCCUGUUGCAAGGACCUCGAUUUCAGAUGAGCUGCCUCUGCCAGGGGAUAGGCAGCAUGCACAAGAGAUGGAUCUGAUUACAGGCUGGACCUUAAAUAAGGACUGCAAGAUCACGCACGAGGUAGUUGAAGUAGUAGUAGUAGUAUUUUGAUGUGUUUUCUCAGGUUGGAUAUGCAGGUAAUCCCUAUUGUGGUAAAGGCACCAGCCUUAUUCUCAAUGGCAGGAGUUUAUGGCGUUCUUUCCACUUGAAAGAAAAAGAUUGGCAGGACGGGGAGGUCCUGAGCCGCUGAAAUGCCGGCGGCACAGCAGUGCUGUGUUGCACUCGGGGUGUGUAGGAGUGCAGUGUCCCAGGAGCCUGUGUGGGAUGUGCUGCCGAGCUGGGAGCGAGUCACCCCGGCCCUCCUGCAGGGGACUCACUCGCCAGCAGCCAGCCCUGCUCGCCCCGGCCCAUCCAGGGGCUGGCACGGCUCAUUCCCGCACAGAACAGCUCUCCCUAUGGAGUCACUGUGCCUCGGCCCUUCGCUGCUAUCGAUGUGCUCCAGAACCCCCUCUGAGUGCUUUGACAGAGUCUGGUUUAGCAGCUUCUCUGGGAGCUGCCUCCCGUGCAGCUCCUGCUGCUCCACAGCUCUUACAAAGAGUUGCUCAGAAUUUUCUCUAGGAAUGCGGCAUCACAGCUUAAGCGCCCUGGGAUGCUGAAGCCCUCCGGCACAUCUUAAAUGGUUUGUUAUCUGGUAGGACAUAAAAAAAGCACUGUGUUGUUAAUGUUGCCAAACCCUUUUCAGUAGAGCUAACAAGUGUUUCAUUUAAUCAAGAUACCAAUAUUAAAGAGAAAACAAAACAGCUUAUUGUUCCCAGUCAUCUGCUUUUUAGGAGGUUUUGGGUUCAUUUUACUACAGUAAAUACAGAAUGUAGAACGAGCAGACAUUUCCUGCAAGGAGUAGUCAAACCUAAUUCGCAUGGAAUGCUUGUUUCCCAGUAAAAACCGCUAAUUCGAGCCAAGUUCCCAAGUUUCCUUCUAUUAGAACAAUGCAAAUGACACUUCCAAGGACGAAUGGAUGCCCUGGUCUUGCAGGGAUUUUUAGGAAAGACAACGUAUCUUGCACUUGUGAAUGUUAAAAUCACAUCUAGCUACUUACAAUGACACAUUCUCAAACGUUACCAGCCUACUGAUCUAGGAUGAAAAAACUUGAACUAAACAUUUUUUUUCUUUUUUACAUUCUGAUUUUUUCCACUUUCUUUAAAAAUAAGAUGUUGAAUUCACGGUGUUUUUAUAGAGACUGGUAGGAACCUCUGUGCUUUAAUCCUUUCAGACUGAAUGUAAACCAACUUAAUUUGAAACACAGUUUUGCCUUAAUGGUUUUAAAAAAAUAAAGUAUUUUUAAAAGUGAA